CUGAACAAUUUACAAGGUAGUUGUAAAGGGUACAAAAAUGUGAAUAUUUACAUUUGUGCAUUUUUCAAGGUUACGCUUUUAUUGUCAACUGUUAAACAUACAGCAAACGACAGCACACAAAUAAUAUAAAAUUCACAGUUCUCACAACAAAAAGCAAAGAAGACAACAUCAACCUAUUUGAAAUUUGAUAUGCAAUGUUAUGUAUAAACUAGCCAACAGGCGCAGCUUAUACUAUGCAACAGCACUCAAGGCUGAGCUCACGGGGCUGCAGCAGCAUGGAGGCGGGAGGCAUCACGACUACAACCACAAUCUAGAUACGGCCAAGCAGAAAGUACGGAUUGUGGUGAUAGGAGCUGGCAUUGCUGGUUUAUCAGCGGCACAACAUCUGCUAUCCCAUGGAUUCCAGCGAACACUUGUGCUGGAGGCAACAGAGCGUUAUGGUGGGCGCGUCAAUUCCCAGAAGUUUGGCGACACAUUCUGUGAACUGGGCGCCAAGUGGGUGAACAUUGAUGGCUCCCACGAUUCCAUGUAUGAGCUGUUACGCAAUGCCGAAGGAUUGACGAAGCGACUGAAGCAGCCGACCCGCGUCAGAUAUGUUCAUCCCGAGGGACAGGGGGAUCAGAUUAAGGUGCCACCUCGCAUGGUGGAGCUGAUAGACACGCUGUUCCGGCAGUUGUGUCGCGGCUUCAAGGUGCGCGAUAAGGUGAAGAACGGUGGAGAUUUGCAAUCCCUGGACAAUGUCAUGAGUUACUUUCAGUCGGAGAGCGAGAAACUGAUAGGCACAUCGUUCAAGGAGCCCGCGGAGCAGCUCAUGGCACGCGACAUCUUUCAAUCGCUCUUCAAGGAUUUCAGCAGCAUCCUGGGCUGCUGUCUGGAGUAUGUGAAUAUUCAGCAUGUUACCACAUGUCCCCUGAAGCAGGAAACAAAUCCCAUUUAUGUGCCCACAGGGCUGGACAACAUCGUUGAGGAACUAACCAACGAUUUGGAUGUGGGACAACUGCAAAUUGGCAAACCUGUUGGCCAGAUACAAUGGAAAACGUUGUCAGAACCGCAGAGUGUGGGCUGCUUGGAUGGCAGCCUUUACCAGGCAGAUCACAUCAUUUGCACCUUGCCUUUGGGUGUCCUUAAGACAUUCUCCUCCAUAUUGUUUAAGCCCACGCUGCCGCUAGAGAAGCUACAGGCCAUACAGAAUCUGGGCUUUGGCAAUCCCGUCAAGAUAUAUCUGUCCUACAAGCGGCCCAUCAAUCGCUGGCUCAAAUCGAAUCUGCGUCCGCUGGGCUCGCUGCUGCAACCAAGUGAUCUCUCGUCCGGCUGCAAUCCUCAGCGAAGCUGGACCCAACGGGUGGUUGAGAUUUCCCAGCUGCCCACUAGCCAACAUGUUCUGGAAAUACGCGUCGGUGGUGGCUACUACGAUGAGAUUGAGAAGCUGCCCGAUGCCACGUUGCUGGAGCAGAUCACAACGCUGUUGCGUCAAUGCCUGAGCAACUCAAAGGUGCCCUAUCCGCAGGCCAUGCUGCGCUCCAACUGGAACAGUUCCGCCUGCUAUCUGGGUGGACGUCCCUACUUCUCGGUGAACAGCAGUGCACGGGAUGUGCAGAGUCUGGCGGCGCCACUGGGACAUGUUGUGCCCACGUUACUUUUUGCCGGCGAUGCCACAGCGUUGCAAGGAUUCGGCACCAUCGAUGGAGCACGCUUCAGUGGCAUACGGGAGGCGCAGCGUAUCAUUGAUUAUUACAAUAAGAAACUUAGCGCUUAGCGCCCACUCAACUAGUCCAAAUUUAUAGUUUAUAGAUAACGUAAUUAAGCACAUUUAUUAAAUAUGAUUAGCGUUUAAAAUGAAACAACAACAAUAACGAUUAAGUGGAUUGCAUUUCCAUUCCAUGUGGAAACAGUUCUCUAAGCACUUAUAUGUACGAGUAUGUAUUUAAAUUUGAAGUGAGUUUUGUAUGAAAAAUUCCCUAAGCAUGUCAGCUUCGUUUGUCCGUCCUUCAUCUAUUUCUCGGCCUCCAUUUCAUCGGCUGCAGCGCUGACCUCGUUCCAGGAGUACUCCAUGUCCUCGGGCUGGGUGAAUCUCGAGCAGACGGCCAUGCGCAAGAAGUACACAUCACGUAUCUUGGCCGGCACCAUGUGUAUCUUGCCACGCCCAUUGAUGCGCUUCAGCAGCGCCUCGUUCCUUUCGUUUGUUCCCUUGAGGCGGAAGCAGACCAGACCCAUGUUUAUUUCGGCAGCCAGCUCGAAGCGUUCAUCCGCCACACAGAGUUCACCAAACUGCGUGGCAAAUCCGCAAUGACGUCGGAUGUGCGCCUGGAGAUUCUCCACACCAUACAGACGCAACACGAACCAGAGUUUGAGGGCACGGAAACGUCUGCCGAGUGGGAUUUGCCAGUGGCGAUAGUCGGGUGCAGAUCCCUGCAUAUCGUGCUUUAAAUACAGAGGAUCCACAUUGAAGGCAUUCACCACCCAACUGGGAUCCUUGAGCCACAUGGCAGAGCAGUCAAAGUUGACCAACAUCCAUUUGUGUGGAUUAAAGUUGAAGGAGUCGGCGGUCUCGAUGCCCUUCAUGUGAUGACGAUACUCUGGACAGAUGAAAGCGGAGCCGGCAUAAGCUGCAUCCACAUGCACCCAGACAUUAUGCUUGUUGGCCACAGGGCCACAUUCAUCCAAUCGAUCGAAGGCACAGGAGUUUGUUGUGCCCAAGGUGACCACAGCAUAGAAGGGUAUCAAGCCAUCAGCUAAAUCCUGUUUGAUUGCCUUCUCCAAUGCAUCUCCACGCAGACGAUUGUUCUCAUCCGCUGGCACGGAACGCAGCUUGACGCCUCCCAGGAGACCUGCCCGCUCCACGGAGGAGUGUGACUGGGCGGAGGCAUAGCCCACCAGUUUGCCAAUGAUCGUAUGCUCAUCCCACUCGGGAUGCUCUGCCUUCACCUCCUGCAAUUUCUUCGCUUUAGCUCCCAGUAAUGCCACCAGGGUUGAUUCACUGGCUGUUCCUUGGAUGACGCCGCCGCCCUUCCCGCCGGAACAGGCCAAAAACUCAGCAGGCAGAUCCAACAUCUUGCCCAGCCAAUCCAGCAUUACCACCUCGAGUUCAGUGCACGCCGGACUCGCAAUCCAAGUGAAUCCAAUGCAAGCAAUUGCUCCACUCAACAUAUCCGCCACAAUGGCCGGAUAGGAGUUGGCCGUGGGGAAAUAGGCAUGGAACUUGGGACUGUGCCAGUGUGUGAUGCCGGGCAUGAUGACCCUCUCGAUGUCCUUCAUCACAUCCUGCCAAUCCUCUGGCUUCUCUGGCGCCGCAUCCGGUAUCAAGGGCUGCAAGUAACCAGGCUUCACCUCCGGCAACACGCGUCUGCAAGUUGAGAAAACGGAAACAAUAAUUAGAUUUCUAAUCUCAUUAGCAACCACUCAAAAAGCUUCUCAAAGCUCUAAUUGAAUUCCCCCAACGCAGGAUCCCUCUUCCGCCCAUUUAUCACACUUGCAACUUGUUGCCAGUUGCUUGAAAAUCAAUAAAACAAGUUACAGCAAGAUUCUGCAU